AUGGCUCUCAACAAGAAGCGUUCUGAACCGCUCCUUGAACUGAGUUCGUAUGAGACUUUAGUCUCGGACAUCGUUCAGGGUGGCGCGCUCACCUUCCUCUUCUCGCCCUAUCGCUUUUGUCCCGCUCUUGUUCCUCAGCUCCUGUUCAGCCGCAACAGCAAGCUUAUUUACCGAUGCCGGGGAGAAGAAGCUGAUCUCGGUCCCGUCAGCGUACCGGUGAACACGACGCUGAUCAUUGUCACAGACGCCAAGGUGUUCUGGUUUGAAUGCGGACAGUCCGGAGAGCUGGACUACGGCCCUCGGUAUCUAUCGGAAUUCCGUACAAUCCGUUAUUUUACCACUCUCGUCUUCCACGGAACCCUAGAGCAGGCCUACAAUCUCUUCGACGACUAUUACUGCAAGGUCAACAAUCUCCCCUCCAGGUGGAUUAGGAGGAAAGUCCCGGCUGAACUCGUCGAGGCAAUUCAAUGGGAAGAAAGACAGGCUGUGCAGCCGCUCGAGAGUCAUGGCGAAAUGCAGCAGCCGACCGGGGCUGACGCCAACACAACAAUGAAAGCUGUUGAGCCGCCGGCCAUGGGAGCCAGCGUGCUCCCCGCGAAGAAAAUUAGCAGAGCGGAAUUGGCGAAAGGUCUCGAUGACCCCAAAGACCCUGUUCGGGAUCCGUCUCACGACGGCGACGGGCAUUCAUCAGACGCCACUCGCAGUUCUCAACAACACUCAAAGUCGGAUCACAUGUCGGCAAUGGACAAGUUGAUCGAAGAUGCCUACAGCAGCUGGCUAGAUCUCGGGUCUGACGUCGACGACGGGCUGACCCAGGUCCCCCCUGGGUCGACCCUCGGGUCCGGGGAACAGGAGGAGGAUGGGAUUCUCGUUGGGUCCAAGGUCACGCCUCUGGCCACGUUCGUGGUCCAAAGGCCCUCACCUUCUGAAGAGAAGGCCCGAUCACCACGGCGACGUUUCACCAGAUGGUGCCGCCGGGGCUUCAUGUCUCGCUUUCAGAAGAAAUUGGUACCUGCAGAAGGUCAGCCAUUCUGA